AUGGGGAAACAAAGAAGAGCCGCUAUUCUUCCAACCAACAUCAUCUUGUUGCAGAAUGUUGUCAGAAGAGAUCCAGAAUCUUACCAUGAAGAGUUUCUACAACAAUUAUCCCAUUACGAAUCUUUGAGAGACUUGUACUUGGAGAAUCCCACUGGAGCUGAUUCAAAUUCAACAACCGAGUUUAUUGAACUCAUUGGAUUCCUUUCGGCUGUUUGUAACUGCUAUCCAAAGGAAACAAAAAACUUUCCCGAGGAAUUGAAGACCAUAUUACUUGAUAAUCAUCGUGAUUUGGCUCCAGAAUUGAGAGAAAAGAUUAUUCAAUGUUUGACAAUGUUGAGAAAUAAGGACAUCAUCACCGCCGAAAGCUUGAUACAGACGAUAUUUCCAUUAUUAACUGCAUAUGCUUCAGGACAAGUGCUAGCCGGGCAACAUGUGAAGCAAAUGAGACGUCAGAUUUACUCGACAUUGAUUUCGCUAUUAAAGUCGGUCAACACUGGUGCCAAGAAUCAACGACUAAAUAGAUCCACGCAAGCUUUGCUUUUCAACUUGUUAGAACAGAAGGAUACACAGGGACUAUGGGCCACCAAAUUAACCAGAGAACUUUGGAGAAGGGGAAUCUGGGACGAUUCAAGAGCAGUGGAAAUCAUGACACAAGCAGCAUUACACCCCGAUGUGAAAGUUGCCAUUGCUGGUGCAAGAUUUUUUCUUGGUGCUGAUAAGGAAAGGGAAGAAAAUUUCGAAGAUUCUAGUGACGAGGAAGGGUUUGAUAUGGGUGCGUUGAAACACAAAAUGGAGGUGAAUAAAAAAUCAUCCAAGAGAGGAAAGAAAUUGGAACAAGCAGUGAAGCAAAUGAAGAAGAAAAACAGUACCAAGCAUUCAGCCACGUAUUUGAAUUUCUCAGCAAUACAUCUUUUGCGUGAUCCUCAAGGGUUUGCAGAACAGCUAUUUGACAACCAUUUGAGCUCUAAAAACUCCAACAAAUUUGAUUUGGAUCAAAAAAUCUUGUUUAUGAACUUGGUUUCGCGGAUGAUUGGAACUCACAAGUUGAUCGUGUUGGGAAUUUACUCUUUUUUCUUGAAAUACCUCACACCAAAGCAAAGAAAUGUUACGCAGAUCAUGGCCGCAUCAGCACAAGCUUCUCAUGACUUGAUCCCUCCAGAGAGCAUUGAGUUGGUGGUUCGUAAAAUUGCUGAUGAAUUCGUCAGUGAUGGUGUUGCUGCCGAAGUAGCAUCAGCAGGAAUCAAUACCAUUAGAGAAAUAUUAUCGCGUGCCCCAUUGGCCAUCGAAGCUCCCUUGUUGCAAGAUUUGACAGAGUAUAAAGGCUCAAAAUCAAAAGCUGUUAUGAUGGCUGCAAGAUCGUUGAUUUCGUUGUAUAGAGAAGUUGCACCGGAAAUGUUGGCAAAGAAAGAUCGGGGUAAAGUUGCCAGUAUGGAUUUGCAGAGAGGUGAAAAGAGUAAGUCCAAACCUCAAUAUGGUGUGGAGAACAAUGUCACGUCAAUUCCAGGAUUGGAGUUGUUGGCGAAAUGGAAGCAAGAGCAAGGACAAGCAAACUCUGAUGAGGAGGCGGAAGAUGCUAAUUGGGAAGUUGAUGAGGAAGAGGAUGGCAGCGAUGUCGAAGGAGAAUGGAUUCUGGUGGAGUCAGACAAGGAGAUUGAUAUUUCUGAUAGCGAGGAUGAGACAAACAAGAAGGCAGAAGAAUCGGACUUGGAUCUUUCAUCUGAUGAAGAAGAUAACACCGAAGAAGGUGAUGAUGAGAGACCGAAAAAGAAAGCCAAGCUCGAAGUUGAUUCGAGCAAUGCCUCCACUAUAAACGACAUCCUUUCUAGCCGAAUCCUUACACCCGCGGAUUUUGCGAAAUUGGAAGAAUUGAGGACGGAAGCUGGUGUUGCUAAAUUGAUGGGUGUUACAAAUGAAGACGCAGUGGAUUCUACCUCCUUGGUCGGAAAAGUCAAGUACAAACAAUUGAGAGAAGAGAGAAUCGCACAAGCCAAGGAAGGAAAAGAGGAUCGUGGUAAGUUUGGCUCCAGAAAGGGUAAGAGAGAUGCACCUCACUCCACUACGAACAAAGAGAAAGCUAGAAAGAAAAACUUUGUCAUGAUGAUUCAUAAAAAGGCAGUUCAAGGAAAACAAAAAUUAUCUCUUCGCGACAGGCAAAAGGUGUUGAGGGCCCAUAUAGAUAAGCAGAAGAUGAAGAAGAAGUAA